GCUGUGGACUGUGGUCAACCGCCCUUCUUUCUCCUCUCCCAGGCCUCCCCCCCCCCUCUCUCUCCGUCACGGCCUCCCUUUCUUAGAGGCACCGGCGCGCCGCCCUCGGCCGGUUCUUCGUCGGGCGCUUCGCCGGCGACGAGGAUCCGGCAGGGGCACGCGAGCCUGGAGCCUUAGUUGAUCGAAAAUGGUUAAACUCGAAGAUUAUGCCGAGGACGGCGGCCCAGAUGCUGAUGCCAGGGAUCCCAGGGGGGCUGCUGUGGAUCUACUGCCUGGCUCGGUGCAUGCCAGCUUGAAGGAGGAGGAGGGUCAACCAAGUUCUUCGUCCAGUAGUUUAAGACUACAAUUUAUUGGGAUGGGGUUUUCACCAAAGCUGGUAGACAAGGUGCUCCAGAGACAUGGUGACGAUGAUUCGAACACAAUAUUGGAAUCUCUUUUGUCCUAUUCUGACCUUCAGCAGUCAGGAUCUGAAUCUUCAGGUUCGUUGGGAAGUCUAUUUGAUUCUGACAACGAAGAAAACAAUUCUCCUUUAGAGUCUAGGAAAGGAAUCGACCAAGACAUCAAGCCGGAGCCUGAUUCUUUCUCAGAAAAGUGGUCAUAUUUACUCCGAACAAUGUACUUUUCACAGCAAGAAGUUGAUUUAGCAUUCAAGAAACUAGGUGAUGAAGCUCCAUUAGAACAGCUCGUGGACUGCAUUGUCAGUGCUCAAUCAGGAGGAUUCUCUGGAGAACUGGAAAAUGGUGAUGCUACAAAUGAGGGAAAGGCUGAAGCACUGUUUGGUGUUAUGGAGAAAACACUUAGCUUGCUACAGAAGGGUUUUACCGAGGAAGAGGUGUCAUCAGCUAUUGACAAUUGUGGUCAGAGAGCAACAGUUGAGAUGCUGUCUGACUCAAUUUUGGCAAGGCGAAUAGCCAAUAGCGUUGAGCAGAAAGAGCUUCUGGGCACUUUUGGAUCAUUGGCUUUUGGGAUCUCCAAAGAUCAAAUGCUCUUGGAAGCCAGAAACCAAAAGCACCUUGCCAUGAGCUUUCCAGCUUCUGAGUUUUGGGUGCAUUUAGCUUUUGGACAUUCUGUAAAAGUUGAAUCCAACUUUCUAGGCGAGGCAGAAACUGAUUAUUCGACGUACCAGCCCUCAUACUCUGCUGCGAGCUGUUAUGAUGACGACGACAACAGCACACAUGUUAAAAGGGCUAAGAAUAUGUUUAUGGAUGACAGAGGGGCCUCCAGUAGUCACCCUGUCAAUCCAUGGUCUAUGGGGCAUUGUGCAAGGACCAGUGAUAUGCCUGUUAAGGUAGAACUUGAGGCAACGACACCAGGCCGGCGUGCAAAUGUACGAGGUGACCUUGCUAAGCCCCCAUAUUUCUUGUAUGGAAAUGUUGUUGAGGUCCCAAAAGACACAUGGCAUCAACUCACACAGUUUUUAUACAAUGUGGAACCUGAGUUUGUGAACAGUCAGUUCUUCUCAGCUCUGUCUAGAAAGGAAGGUUACAUUCAUAACCUUCCAAUCGAUAGAAGACGUUUUGUGGUUCCAAAGUCACCGAUGACUAUUGAAGAAGCACUUCCAUUCACAAGACAGUGGUGGCCCUCAUGGGAUACAAGGAAGCAUAUUAGUGUUGUUGCUAUAGAGGCUGCUGGGAUUGAGCAGACAUGUGAUAGACUGGGGAGGAUGGUUAGAGAGUCAAGAGGAGUGCUUUCAGAAGAAAAGCAGAUGCAGAUUAUGCACCAAUGCAAGGUUUCAAACCUUAUUUGGGUGGGUCGGGACAAGUUAAGCCCGUUGGAGCCUCAUCAAGUGGAAAGAAUACUGGGCUACCCACAUAACCAUACAAAUCUGUUUGAACUAAAUCAACCUGAUAGAUUUGCUGUGAUGAGAUAUGCGUUUCAGACUGACACUUUGGCAUACUUCUUGUCAGUUCUGAAAGACCAGUUUCCAGAUGGGAUCAGAGUGCUAUCCAUCUACAGUGGAAUUGGAGGUGCUGAAGUAACGCUCCAUCGGCUAGGUAUUCCUUUGAAGUGUGUGGUGUCUGUUGAGGAAUCUGAUGUGAAUAGGAAAAUUCUGAGAAGGUGGUGGCUCAAAACUGAACAGACUGGGGAGCUGAGGCAGUUGCAUGGAAUCUGGAAGCUGAAAACUCAAGUGAUUGAAGACUUGAUCACUGAGUUUGGUGGUUUUGACCUGAUUAUUGGUGGGAAUUAUACUUCUUGUAAAGGUGGUACAACAGUAAAUACAACGAUGGGCAUGGAUUCCAACCACUUCUUCGAAUAUGCCCGUGUUGUUAAGAGAGUGAGGACUCAAGUUGGAGUUAAUUAGCAAUGGAUAUGAUUCCAUGUUUUCCAUCUUUAAGAUGGGCCAUUUUGGCGAAGGAAGAUGGGCAUCUUCAGAUAGAGCAGGAGGUCCAGGUCCAGGUCCAGGUCCAGUGCUUGAAGCUACAAACCCAGUCCUGGCGAUCCAGUUAGCUUGUUGUGUUCUUACCUCUUUGGAAGGAUUAGAGAGUUUAGAGGGUGGAUUUUGUUGCAUUCUGGCGCUUUGUUGCGUCAUGUUAUUUCCUGUGCCUUUUAAAUUGUACACAACCCCAGUGAGACGUUCUGCUUUCUUAUAAAGUUGGGCCAAGAGCCUGUUAUCUAAAAAAAAAUCCAGGUUUUAUGCAGAA